GGAUUCCGGAAUUUGAUCAUCAAAAAGUGAAGUGAUAUUACGAAGUGCGGAAUAAUUGCGAAUAAUUACUCCGUGCCGUACCUUAAUUUAAAGCACCUUAGGUACCUGAAGGUAAUCCCCGCUCCAUUUUCCCUCACACUGUGCAUGGAGCAUCGAUAAGAUAAGAUCAAGACCGGCAGAAAUACACCGCUUUCGCACACCGCUUCAGGAAUGACCGUGAUGCCAAGAUGGUACUUCAUAUGGAGAUUGUUGUGAACCGGUGUCUCGCACUUGAGAGGCAUCCAAGAAGAGCGGAUAUUUAUUACUCUUCAAGUCAGCCAUAAUACGAGAUUUUUGUCUCUAAAUGUUCGAUCAUGGCUAGUCUCAAGUUGACGGGCAUGCCGUCGCUAAGACGACAGCAUACCCUCCUCGAAUUCAAUAGUCUCAAGCAUGCAUGUCCUGAGGGAGUGUUCGUCAGUCCCACACAAGGCGACCCGUCACUAUGGUCAGGUGUAAUGUUCAUUCGGCGAGGACCUUAUGAGAACGCCGUCUUGCGAUUUCAGAUCUCCUUCGCGGACACCUACCCUACACUACCGCCCCUAAUCACUUUCUCAACCGACAUGUUUCAUCCCCUGCUCGCCCCUCCCACCACUUAUAUGUACACCACCGAUGUCCAUGGAAACGGCACCGUUAGCGCAACCGACGACGAGCGGCUUCCUCCCGGUGGUUUCUCCCUGCGUCAUGGCUUUCCCGGGUGGUUCGGGCGUCGCGGUCGGACCCAAGCUGAAGGCCGACACGCCACUGGGGGCCAAUACUCGCAGCAACAGCAACAGCAGCAACAGCAGCAACAGCAGCAACAGCAGCAACAGCAGCAACAGCAGCAACAGCAGCAACAGCAGCAGCAACAACCGCCAGGCACGCCGGUGCAGGCAGACGAUGGAAAUGGGAGCUCCAUGGCGACACCAGACUCCAGCAGAGCCAAUGCUGCAACGACGAGCGGCGAAGACACCCCGACGAUCUACGAGGUCCUCCGCUACAUCCGCAGCACGUUCGACGACGAGGCUGUGCUUGACUCGGUGCCACUGGAGGCGGCUGGGAAUCCCGGGGCGUGGCAUGCGUGGCGCACUCGGCAGCGGAUGAAGAGACCGGAUCCGGGUUCGGUGGCGACUGCUACGACUUCGCCAGCCGGCGAACAGAGCAAAAAUGACGAGGGGGAAGACGGUGACUCGAAGGAAGGAGAGCCAGCGGGCGACGGCAAGGGAGAGGGAGAGGGAGAGGGUGAGAGCGGGGGCAAUGGCGAGGGACGAGGAACUGCCUCGCUUCCGUCGGAGCCAAUGACGCCCACCAUUGCUUCUAGGCAACCUGGGGAAUGGAAUUGGGAAGGCGUGUGGGAGGAUCGGGUGAAAAAGGGGAUCGCUACUUCACUCUCCGAGCCAGUGUUGUACGGUUCUUCAAGUGCAGGAGCUGGGGAUGAUCUGAUUCAUUUUCUCGCCAUGGAAGAGGAUGAUGUUGCUGCUGUCAAGGAGAAUCUGCUACGGACAUUGGGAACAAGCGCAUGACUUUCUGCUUCCUUUACUGGACUCGCUUUUCCCCUUUCACCCAACUUACCUUACCUAGUACCUAUAUACCCCCUGGCGUUGGGAAACUGAUAGGUAGAUACCGUAUUUCUUUUUAUCACGGCAUAACCGCAAGCAUUAGGGCUAUCUUCCGUUCAGCCAUUCUGUAAUAAAAUCGUCAUGUCACACUUAUAAGCAGC